UAAUUAAAAAUAUAGGAAAAUAUUCAAUCAUGAGUUAGUGCAUGUUGCGUGUGUCACUGAGUCUCAGUUUCAUAAAAAUCUCAAAUCUGUAACUGGCUACUAUCUAGCCAAUUGAAGUCCUGUCUCCUUUGUAGUUUGUGCCGUUUGUGAAUUCACGUCGGACGUGUUAAUAGUCACUUCUGUUGUUAUGAGACAUUAGACUACAUAAUGUCCCUAUUUAGUGUAUUACCAGCACCCACACAAUUCCUCCAAGAUUUAGAAGAAGAUGACGAGGCUAACGAAACACUUGCUGAGAAAACCAAUACUUUUGAAGUGUAUGCUGUAAAAAUUCCACCAUAUGGAAACAGAAAUGGAUGGGUACCAAGGACUGUUGAAGAUUUUGGUGAUGGUGGUGCUUUUCCGGAAAUCCAAGUUGCGCAAUAUCCAUUGAAUAUGGGCAAAGAAAAUAAAGAAUCUGUUUCAAAUGCUCUUGCAUUACAGUUAACUUCUGAUGGUAAAGUUAAAUAUGAUAUGAUUGCUCGUCAAGGUCAAAGAAAAGAUAAAGUGAUUUAUUCAAAACUAUCUGAUAUGCUUCCAUCUGAGGUGAUCAAUGAAGAUGAUCCUUCUUUGCAAAAGCCUGAUUCAGAAGAAGUUGCUGACAUCACUGAAAAAACAAGAGCAGCUCUGGAAAAGUUGACCAAUUCUAAAGUUUCGGCUGCAUUACCAGUACGGGCGGCAGAUAAACCUGCUCCUGUACAAUGGUUUCGUUAUACCCCUACCGAACAAGGAAAAGAAUACAAUUCCGGAUCAAAACAGCGUGUAGUAAGAUUAGUAGAGGCUCAGAAAGAUCCAAUGGAACCACCAAAAUUCAAAAUUAAUAAAAAAAUACCUCGAGGUCCUCCAUCACCUCCUGCACCUUUAAUGCAUUCCCCCACUAGAAAGACAUCUGUUAAGGAACAAAAAGAAUGGAAAAUUCCUCCAUGUAUCUCCAAUUGGAAAAAUGCUAAAGGUUAUACAAUUCCAUUAGAUAAAAGAUUAGCUGCUGAUGGUCGAGGUUUACAACAAAAUCAUAUAAAUGAAAAGUUUGCUAAGCUGGCAGAGGCUUUAUAUAUAGCAGAUCGUAAAGCCAGAGAAGCUGUUGAAAUGAGAGCUCAGUUAGAAAAGAAAAUGGCACAAAAAGAAAAGGAAAAGAAAGAAGAACAUCUUAGAGCAAUGGCUCAAAAAGCCAGAGAAGAAAGAGCAGGUAUUCGGCUUCCUGGAUCUGCUAAAAAUGAUGAAUCUCGUGAGCGUGAUCAAUUACGUUUAGAACGUCAAAAAGACAGAGCUCGUGAUCGAAACCUUGCUAGGAAUGCUGACAGCCGUAAAAACAAAGUAUUACGAGAUCGAGAUAUUAGUGAACAAAUUGCUCUUGGACUUCCAGCAAUUACUAGAAAAACAGGAGAUACUCAGUAUGAUCAACGUUUGCUUAAUACAUCAGCAGGUAUGGAUACCGGUUUCGGUGAUGAUGAAGAAUAUAAUGUGUAUGAUAAACCUUGGCGUGGAAAUAGCUCUUUGGCUCAACAUAUUUAUCGUCCAUCUGCUAAUAUUGAUAAAGAAGUGUAUGGUGAUGAUUUAGACAAAAUUGCUAAGACAAAUAGGUUUGUGCCAAAUAAAGAAUUUAGUGGAACAGAUCGUGAUCCUAAAGCUAGUGGUCGAUCUGGUCCAGUUCAAUUUGAAAAACAUCAACAAGAAGAGGAUCCAUUUGGUUUGGAUCAGUUCUUAACUCAAGCCAAGCAUGCAUCUAAAAGGUCUCAACCACAACAACAAGAUCGUGAUAAACGUCGUAGAAAAGAUUAAUUUCUUUUUUUCCUAUUUUAUUGAAAUUGUUUUUUCAUUUAUUAUUUUAGGAAUAUUCUUAUCUUUAAAACUAGAUUUUGAUAAAGAUUUAAAGAAAAUAACAUGGAAUUAUUUUUUUUUUUAAUUAAUUAAAAAUAUAUAAUCUCUGUAUCAAUG